AUGAAGGCGGCCUUCGUGUUGCGCCGUGUGUGCCUUGCGCGCGGAGCAAAUCAUACCCUCGGUACAACUCCGUCAUUACGAACGUCAUUACGGACUUUUUCAACGAACGCUACCCCUCGACUGAAGCCGCAGACAUGGCGCUAUCACAUAUCGCAGAGAUGGAACAAAAUAGGCAGAGGGAGGGCCCCUAUUGUCGGCUCGGUCUUGUUUGCAGCCGCAUUGGGUCCUGGUGCGUUUAUGGAAUUGGCGGAGAAGAAUGGUGAGGAGGAGACCGGGGAGAAACAUAUGUUGGAAGCAUCACGGCAAGAAAUACGAAAAACAGUAUCGGAGGAUGCACGCGGUUUCACUCGACUUAAGCAAGAAGUACAUGUUUUUUUCUAUUGCUAUGUCUACGAACCUAUUGCAACGGGCUUUAGAUUUCUCCAUCUUGCCAUUAUAUUCCUGCCCGUGUUGGUCACGGUUCCUGUGAUAUGGAUUGGCAGCCGGAAUCCUGACCGUAACAAUCAACGAUGGGGGACUUUAUGGUGGUUUGAUUUUUUGGUCAAGUCAAUGGAACGGGCCGGCCCAGCAUUCAUCAAGGCAUGUCAAUGGGCUGCUUCCCGUACAGAUAUCUUCCCUCCCGAACUAUGUGCUCGGAUGUCCUCUCUCCACUCACACGCACCGGCGCACUCUCUACAUGCCACAAAAAGAAUCUUAUGCAAAGCCUUCAAUGGUCUUCCGUUCGACGAGAUAUUUGAAGAAUUUCAGGAAGAGCCUUUGGGAGUUGGAGCUAUCGCGCAGGUAUAUAAGGCGAAACUGAAACCGGAUAUUGCAGCACAAUACCAAGAGGAACUGCAAGACAUACCAAAGGACUUGGCAGCCAGGGUACGGAAGAAUGUUGAUGUUCUGGUUAAAAGCUCGCCUCAACGAGUACCUUCAUCUUAUGUUGCGAUCAAGGUCCUACAUCCGAGAGUUGAUGUCACUGUACGGAGGGACUUGAACAUUAUGAACAUUUUUGCACAUAUCAUUAAUGCAAUUCCCACCAUGGAGUGGUUAUCCCUACCGGAUGAAGUGGAACAAUUUGGUGAAAUGAUGAAAUUACAGCUCGAUUUGCGAAUCGAAGCCACCAACUUGGUGAUUUUCAGAGAACAUUUUAAAUCACGCACAACAGCCUGGUUUCCUUACCCGUACACGGAAUAUACUACGAGAGAAGUUCUCGUAGAAGAAUUUGCGCAAGGAAUCCCAUUGUCCGUAUUCCUCGAAAAGGGCGGUGGUGUCUACCAGGAGGAGAUUGCAGACGAGGGACUAGACGCUUUCCUUCACAUGCUGCUGAUUGACAACUUCGUUCAUGCCGAUCUCCAUCCCGGAAACAUUAUGGUUCGCUUCUACAAACCCAAUCAACUUGACAUCUCCCUCAGAGCGCCAAAACGCGCACAUGAAGCUGCUUCGAGUGCCGAACUAGAUGUCAAUGAACAAGUACUACGGCGAUUACGACCGCACACAAAGGAUCCCGAAGCUUGGAAGGCAGCCCUGGCCGAAUUAGAUCGAGAAGGAUACCGACCUCAACUGCUCUUCAUCGACACGGGUCUCGUUACUCAACUCAAUGAUAAGAACCGGCGCAAUUUCCUAGACCUCUUCCGCGCAGUUGCCGACUUUGACGGAUACAAAGCAGGCCAUUUGAUGGUUGACCGUUGUCGUCAACCCGAAGCGGUGCUGGAUCCGGAGAUUUUUGCAUUAAAAAUGCAACAUCUCGUGUUAGGCGUCAAAUCAAGGACAUUUGCCUUGGGUAAUAUCAAGAUUGGCGAUGUUCUGAGCCAGGUGCUUCAAAUGGUCCGAGAACACCAUGUGCGUCUAGAAGGUGACUUUGUCAAUGUCGUUAUAUCUAUAUUACUGUUGGAAGGAAUUGGAAGGAGCUUGGAUCCUAACUUGGAUCUGUUCAAGAGCGCCCUUCCAAUCCUACGCCAACUCGGCUCAGGCACGACACUAUUACAAAACGUGUGUCACGGUGACACCUCCAUGCUCCGAGUCUGGGUUGGUCUUGAAGCACGCACAUUCCUCCAAGCCAGUUUGGAGAGCACCGAAAUGUGCGUCAAAUACGAUAUGUUGGCGCCGAAUAUUUGA